AUGGCCGAAGAUGAUGUCGAGCGCCAGGUCGAGAAGCCGCGCCCGGCUGAGCGAUCAGUGCAUGCGGUAUUCUACAUCGCGAGCUGGAUCUUCUUUUCCAACCUAACAAUUCUCUUCAACAAAUGGAUGAUUGAUGGCCGGGGUUUCACCGUGAUUCUCACAUGCUGGCACCUCGUUUUUGCGACCAUCGCGACCCAGGUCCUGGCGCGGACCACAAACUUACUCGACGGACGCAAGAAUGUCAAGAUGACAGGGCGCACCUACCUGCGCGCCAUCGUACCCAUCGGCCUGCUGUACAGCGCCAGCCUGGUCUGCAGCAACAUGGUCUAUCUAUACCUGAGCGUUGCCUUCAUUCAGAUGCUCAAGGCCGCCGCGCCCGUCGCCGUGCUGCUGACGAGCUGGGCCUGGGGUGUCGAGGACCCCUCGCUCAAGCGUUUCCUUAACGUGUUGCUCAUUGUUGGCGGCAUCGUGUUCGAGGCUAUGCGCCUCGUCAUGAUCCAGGUGCUGCUGUCGGGCGACACCCAGAAGAUGGACCCGCUCGUCAGUCUGUACUACUACGCGCCCGUCUGCGCCGUCAUGAACUUCAUCAUCGCCAUCGUCUACGAAGCCGACAGCUUCAACUCUGCCGACCUCGCCCAAGCAGGUUACGGCCUCCUGCUGCUCAACGCCAUGGUCGCCUUCAUGCUCAACAUCGGCAAAACCUCCGGCCUCGUCAUGACCCUAACCGGCAUCCUCAAAAACAUCCUCCUCGUCAUCAUCUCGGUCCUCAUCUGGCGCACCAACAUCACCCCACUACAAGUCCUCGGCUACGCCAUCGCCCUCGCCGGCCUGCUCUACUACUCGCUCGGCUGGGACCAGCUGGUCGUGCUCUCCCAGGCCGCCUGGGCCUUGGCCAAGGGCGACGACCAGCAUCACUACUCAGGCGGCGGUGGUGGUGGCUUGCCGUCGGCCGUGCGUAGGACUUUGGUGAUGGCCGUCGCGGCGGCGGUGGUGCUGUUUUUGGUGGGCGGGUUCUUUUAUCGCGGGGCGCCGGCCGAGGAGCUGGCUGCUGCUGCGGGGACGGCGUAG